AUGGCUGACGUCUCUGACCCGAAGAUUGACGAAGCAUACCAGGACGUCCGCUCGGACAAGACGGAGACGAGCUGGCUGCUCAUCGACUACGAGUCUGACCGCUCCGACAAGCUUGUUCUGACCGCUACGGGCUCCGGAGGCCUGCAGGAGCUCAGAGAACAUUUGGAUGACUCAAAGGCUUCAUACGCAUACGCGCGCAUUCAGUACGCGAACGACAAAGAAUCAAAGAGAGAGAAAUUCAUCCUCAUCGUGUGGAUCGGGCCUGGAUGCAAGGUGAUGCGCAGAGCCAAGAUUUCCGUGCAUUCAGCAGACGUGAAGUCGGUGCUGCGCGUCUACUCCAUCGAGGUGCCUGCUCGAGAGAAGGACGAUCUCAAGGAGGAUCCGAUCGUUGUUCGACUGCGUAAGGCGGGAGGUGCUAGCUAUGACGGCGUCUGA